GGCGGCGAUGUAAUACUCCAGUGCAUUGCUACGGGUUUUCCUAUACCUACAAUUCAGUGGCAAAAGGUAGGAGGCCCAUUACCCUUUGGUAGAUAUCGAUUCGAUAAAUGGGGAAGGCAGUUAACUAUAACUAACCUUCGAAAGGAAGAUGCCGGAAAUUAUUCAUGUACAGCGAUGAACGGUGGUACACCUAUGACCAAAAUGGCUCAAUUAACCAUUCAUAUCGAUCCCUCAUGGGAAUUACGUAUUACUGAUACCGCUCAACCAGUAUUAUCAGAUUUCAUGUGGGCAUGUCGUGCCGGUGGUAGUAAUGUUCAAUAUAGAUGGUACAAAAAUGGGGCUGUCGUCCCAAAUAGUGGUAAAUAUAAUGUGUACAAUAAUGGUUCACUCUUAAUUCGUUAUUUGGAACAGAGCGAUAAAGCUGUCUAUUCAUGCUUAGCAUCCAAUUCUCAUAGCAACUUGGUAACAUCAGGAUGGCUUAAUAUUAUUGAAUCGCAGCCAUAUUUUAUUGCAAGACCCCUUCCAGAGACAAUUCUUUUUCAAGGUUCAUCAUCUGUUUUUCGAUGCACUGUUGAUGGAGGUCCUCGUCCCAAGAUGACCUAUCUGAAAGAUAAUGUCGCAUUAAAUCUCGCAACAACCAAUAAAUACACUGUACUCUUGAACGGUAAUUUGGUUAUCCGUAACGUUAACCAGAGUGAUGCCGGAGUUUAUCGCUGCAUUGCCAGUAAUACUCGUGGUAGUAUCGAUGCAAGUGGUACCGCUGUAGUAAGAGAUAGUACAGUCUUUGUUACUUCACCAACUUCACGUUCAUUCCGCCGUCCAAACCCAUUCACUUUGCAUUGUAAUGCUACAAAAGAUUCAACUUUGGAUGCCACUAUUUAUUGGACUAUUAACGGAGCUAAUGUAACAAAUCCUCGUGCAGUAAUUCAAACUACUAACUUAAAUAGCAUACUUACUUUUGUGAACAGUACUUUAGCCGAUAGCGGUAAUUACGCGUGUAAUAUCGCUACAUUAGUCCCAAGUGUUGGUUAUGAACGUCGUACUAGAACGGCUGCUAUUACUAUCAACGACAUACCAGAUCCACCGUUCAAUGUUUCAUCGAGAAAUAAAACUAAAAGUUCAAUGUAUAUUUCUUGGCUGCCGGGUAAUUCUAACAAUAGCCCAUUACAAAAGUUUAUCAUACGUUAUCUAGUCAAUUCAGUUAGCGUCUGGAGAGAUGCUGAUAAUAAUGUUCCUGUUUCUGCUACCUACCGCGGUAUUCAGUUGUCACCUUGGAAUACCUAUCAAAUCGUUGUAGCUGCUGUCAAUGGUGUCGGUAUAAGUCGAAAUAGCCUUAGUAUUAAUCAUGUUACGGAUACAGAUGUGCCGUAUGAGGGUCUUGGUAGCGUUCGAUUUUUUGGUAUUGCCAAUGAAAAUACCGCAGUACAAAUUGUUUGGGUUCUACUAUCAAGACAACAUCAAAACGGACCUGGUAUAGGUUAUCGAUUAUAUUAUAGAACCCAAGCUAGUAUAACUGGAUGGGUGUCCAGAUCUUUAGGGAACACCGGCUCCUUUCGUUUAUCAGCUCUAUUGCCAAAUACUAGAUAUGAAUUUCAACUUGUUCCCUAUAAUGAUGUUGGUGAAGGUAACAUAAAGACACCAAUCGCCUCGGUUUUCACUGGAAUAGCACCACCUUCAUCAGCUCCAACAAAUUUAAAAGCUUACUUAAUCAGUACUGAUCGGGUCUUCGUAGUUUGGAAUAAAAUCACCUCUACACAGUCGACAGCCACAGGAUAUAGGGUAGGAGAUAUUGUGAUCCCGCUUUAA